AUGAGGUCCUCCAAAUGGAUAUUUGUUACUGUAGGUACUGCUAUACUUCUCAUAACCAGAUAUGGUUCGGCAUCGGAUGAUGAAGAAAGAUUGAUGGUAGACGUUUUUCGAGGUUACAAUUCACUCAUUCAGCCAGUCCGAAACUCCUCUGAACUACCGCUAAUCGUCAAAAUGGCUCUACAACUUGUACUGCUCAUCAAUGUGGACGAGAAAGAUCAAGUUAUGCACACAAACGUCUGGCUCACUUUGCAAUGGCACGAUUUUCAAAUGAAGUGGAAUCCAGUGAAUUAUGGAGAAAUCAAACAGAUUCGAGUUUCUCCCGAUAAAGUCUGGCUGCCAGAUAUUGUACUUUUCAAUAAUGCCGAUGGAAAUUACGAAGUGUCGUUUAUGUGUAAUGUGGUUAUAAAUCAUAAAGGAGACAUGCUGUGGGUACCACCAGCUAUUUACAAAAGCAGUUGCAUUAUUGAUGUGGAGUUUUUCCCAUUCGAUGAACAAGUUUGCACUCUGGUAUUCGGAAGUUGGACGUAUAACGAAAACGAAAUCAAGCUGGAAUUUGUUCAAGCAGAGUUAGUAGAUGUAUCUGAAUACUCAGCCAGUUCUAUCUGGGAUGUAAUAGACGUCCCUGCUUCGUUGGUCAAUAAGAGAUCUCGAAUUGAAUUUCAAGUCAGAAUUCGAAGAAAAACGCUUUUCUAUACAGUUGUACUUAUUAUCCCAACUGUUUUGAUGGCUUUCUUGAGUAUGGCUGUAUUCUUUUUGCCAACAGAUUCAGGAGAAAAAAUCACAUUGACCAUUUCUGUUCUUCUUUCGAUUGUGGUUUUCUUACUUUUGGUCUCGAAGAUUCUUCCUCCAACUUCUUCUACCAUCCCUUUAAUGGCUAAAUAUCUUCUUCUAACAUUUGUACUCAACGUCAUCACUAUUUUGGUUACCGUGAUUAUAAUCAACGUCUACUUCCGUGGACCUAGAACACAUAGAAUGCCUCAUUGGGUCCGGGUCGUAUUCUUACAGUACCUCCCAAAACUAGUGUGCAUGAAAAGACCAAAGUCAGCAUCGGAAAGAAGCGCAGUCCGUUCUGGAAUGGCUCAGCUGCCGGGAGUGGGUCAAUUCACUUUGAGUCCCUCCGCCCAUCAUCCUCUGUGUCCAUCAGCAGACGAUCGAACGGCGACGAUUCGGAACACUACACUCAAUGAGACAUCUGCAUAUUAUCCAUUGAGUACGGAUGCUCUAAGGGCAAUCGAUGCAAUUGAAUAUAUAACAGAACAUUUGAAAAGAGAUGAACAACAUAAAUCAUUCCGAGAUGACUGGAAAUACGUGGCAAUGAUCAUUGACCGACUUCUUCUCUAUGUCUUUUUUGGAAUCACAGUUGGUGGUACUUGUGGAAUUCUCUUCUCAGCACCACACGUUUUCCAAAGAAUCGAUCAGCAGGAAAUGUUGGAUCGACUCAAGGAAAAGUAUGAUACUGCUUCGAAUAUACCAUGA